AUGUGUGAAGACAACUCGUUGAUUUACGAGAAUUUAACGAGCAAGGGCCUAAUUGUUAAGGAUGGUAUGCACUAUGGAGCUGAUUUUAGCGUUUAUGAAGGAAAGCCGAAUGAAUGUCACAGCCACUGUCUAGUCUUUGCCAAGCAUACGGAUGAUGUGAUUCCUGCCAAGUCUCUGGUUAGGUGGACCAGGACUUCAGCAUUUGUGAACAAAAAGGCUGUUGUUGCGUUUGUUAACUGCUCUGAAAGGACAGUAAGGUACGCGUCCAUAGAAAGGCAAAAGUUGGAUUGA